GAACAAGUCCGAUAACAGACUGAAACACGUCGACUGUCGGACGCUGAACAAACUGGAAACCCGGUGAAUAACCGUCGUUUCGGAAUAUUAUUUAACCGACAGCUUAUUAACAGGAUGAGCUGCUGAUUCUGGUUUUCUCUGUGAAUACUGCUGGAGGGUUUCAUGCAGCUCAGCAGGAGGACGUCGCUCAGCUGCUGGACUCAUGACUCGUGUCCUCUGUAUUGAUCUGUGCUCGGUGUUUGUGUGCAGGAUCGAUCAGCUUCACCAUGUCAGCUGACGGGGGGCUCAGCACCGACUCGGCCGACGACAACAAACUGGUGCGACCAAAGGUGGAGUUCUGUUCUCUGCUGCAGGACGCCGGAGCCACGAAAGAUGUUUUCACCAUGAAGGAGGUGAUGUUCUACCUGGGCCAGUACAUCAUCCAGAAGCAGCUGUACGACCAGAAGCAGCAGCACAUCGUCCACUGCUCCCAGGAUGCACUGGGCCGAGUGCUGGGCGUCGACAGCUUCUCCGUCAAAGAGCCUCGGGUUCUGUUUGCAAUGAUCACCAAGAACCUGGUGACGGUGAAGAGUCAAGAGUCGACGACGAGCUCGAAUGAAGCACACAACAACAGCUCGACGGACAGAGGGACGGAGGAGGGAGACACAGAAAGUCGCUCUUCAUCACCAGACAGGAGGAGGAGGAGGAGAAGACGGAGGAGGAGGAGCUGCAGGAGCAGCGAUCCAGGUCCGUCACACAGCCUGGAGGACGACGAGGGCGAGUCGGAGUCUGAGGAGGAGGAGGAAGGAGAAGGCAGGAAGAGGAGGAGGUCCGACAGCUACUCGCUGACGUUCGACGACAGCCUGUCCUGGUGCGUGAUUGGCGGGCUGGUAGGCGGGCGGGACCGAGGCAGCAGCCAGUCGUCGGACUCCCACAGCACGUCGGGGAGGUCGGAGGUGACGGUCGCCGCUUCGGACUCGGACAGCGACAACUUCAGCGUCGAGUUCGAGGUCGAGUCCGUCGAUUCGGACGACUACAACGAAGACGACGCUUCUCUCUCCGCAGAUGAUCAGGUGUACGAGGUGACCAUCUUUGAAGCCGAGGACGACGACUCCUUUGACGAGGACACGGAGAUCAGUGAAGCUUCGCCGUCUCCCUGCCUGCUGCUGCUCUCUGAUCAUCAGGACUACUGGCGCUGUGUGAAGUGCGACGAGCUGAACCCGCCUCUGCCCAGGAACUGUCAGCGCUGCUGGACUCUGCGCCAGGAUUGGCUGCCCGAGGUGUCAAUCAACCUGGCCUCCUCCAGCCCUAAAGCCCUGCCCACAAAGCCCAGCAACCAAUCAGCUGCCAAAGAGGCUCCAGGUUUCGACGUCGAGGAGAACGAAGGAGUCGACGUUCCGGACGGGAAGCGAGCUAAAACCCCUCCGGUCCUGUCCCAGUGUCUCUCAGACUCGACAUCGUCUGCUCCCAACUCCCAGGAGCUCGUCUCAGAACCGUCGUCCUCGCAGGAGAAGCUCUGGACUCCCGACUCUCAGCCGUCGUCCUCCAUCGACUCCCAGGAGCUCCUACCGUCUUCUCCGCCGGCUCCACCUCCGCCUCUGUCGGUGCCGGACCUGGAGCGCAGCGUGUCGGCCGAGUGGCGGCUGCCGGACUCGUGUCUGGACCCGUGCCUCAUCUGCCAGUCCCGGCCCAAGAACGGCUGCAUCGUCCACGGGCGGACCGGACACCUCAUGUCCUGCUACGUGUGCGCCAGGAAGCUGAAGAAGAGGAACAAGCUGUGUCCGGUCUGCAGGCUGCCCAUCCAGUCUGUGAUCCUCACCUACCUCAGCUGAGACCCGCGGCGGUCCUGAAGCCCCACAACCCCCAGACAGCAGAAACAUGAAGGUCUACUGAGUCACAGGUUCACCUCUGGUGGGAACGCCUCAGCGCCAUGGAUUUACUCAUUAAUUACCAAAUACUAGUUCUGUUUUCGUCCAUCGGCACAUCCUCACACGCCCGAUUUCAUUUUUCUCACUUUUUCGGGAAAAUGGUUCAACAAUAAAUCUGGUGGUGAUCCAAUCAUCUCUGGCUCUCCUGUCUGGAGCUCCACACCCACUGGAAGAUCUGAAAACGCUUCAGCACCACUAGAACCUGGACGUCUUCUCAAUUAACUGAUGGUUUUGUUUAUUAAUUGUCAGAAAAUUGUGGAAAAUGGACGACAUAUGAGGUGUGUCAGAAAGGUUCCAGGACUG